AGCUCAAUCACUGGGAUGCUUAUCUUUCUUUACACACUCCUGCUUUUCCAUCACCUUAAUGUGAAGGCGGAAUUUUUUGUUUGCAGAAUAAUGGGUGACCCUAAGUACCCACUGUUUUCCAAGGAUGGAGACAUAACUAUUGGAGCAAUUUUGGCAAUACACAGUAAAUUAGCAUUAUCUUCAUUUGAGUUUACACAAAAACCUCAGCUUCUAUCAUGCUCCAGUGUGAAUCUACAAGAUUUUCGGAUGGUUCAAAUGAUGAUCUUUGCCAUAGACGAAAUUAACAAAAAUGAAAUUUUGCUCCCAAAUGUUUCUAUUGGCUACAGAAUUUAUGAUAGCUGUGGUUCAAGAAUGGCUUCUAUGAGUGCAACUAUGGCACUGAUGAAUGGACCAGAGUUUGCAGCAGGGGAGACAUGCAGUGGACGGUCCUCUAUACAUGCAGUCAUAGGGGAACCACAAUCUUCUGCCACAGUAAUUCUGUCCAGAACAACAGGAUCUUUUAAAAUUCCAGUGAUAAGUCACUCAGCCACAUGUGAAUGUCUCAGUAAUAGAAAAUAUUACCCUUCUGUCUUCAGGACUAUUGCUAGUGAUUAUCACCAGAGCAGAGCACUUGCAUACAUAGUCAAAUACUUUGGCUGGUCUUGGGUGGGAGCUGUGAACAGUGACAAUGACUAUGGAAACUACGGAAUGGCCAUAUUUCUGAAUAUAACCCAGGAAGAGGGCAUUUGUGUGGAGUACUCUGUGAAAUUCCAGAGGACAGAGACUGAAAAACUAAAAAUCGUAGUAGACACAAUAAAAAAAGGCACUGCAAAAGUGAUUGUUGCAUUUCUUACCAGUUUUGAGAUGAACAAUCUACUUGAUCAGCUAAGUAUUCAAAACAUUACAGGCCUCCAGGUGAUUGGUGUGGAGGCAUGGAUAACAGCAAGCAGUAUGAUCACGCCAAACAGUUUUCGUGUACUAGGAGGGUCACUGGGGUUUGCAGUGAAAAAAAUCAAUAUCCAAGGUUUUGCAGAUUAUGUUCUAAAAGCAUUCUGGGAAACAGCUUUUCCAUGCUCACAGACUGAGACAAAUUCUUCUCAAACUGAAUUUAGUAGCAGCAGAUAUCAUGAUCUGCUUGUGCUGAAAAACUAUAAUGAAGAUGUGCCUGAACAAAGAUAUGCAAGUAAUGUGUACAAAGCAGUUUAUGCUGUGGCUCAUUCACUACACAGUCUAUUCAAGUGCAAAGAAAAUGAAGGGUGCAAGAAAAACUUAACAAUACAACCACAACAGGUGGUUGAAGCUCUGAAAAAUGUCAAUUUCACUGUAAAGAUGGGAGAUCGUGUGUGGUUUGACAGCACUGGUGCCACAGUAGCCCAAUAUGAAGUUGUGAACUGGCAGCAGAAUUCAGAUGGAUCAAUCCAGUUUAAGCCGGUGGGAUACUAUGAUGCCUCACUGCCUCCUGACCAGCGCUUUGUGCUCAACACUGAAAACAUAAUCUGGGCUGGAGGACAGCUCGAGAAGCCAAGGUCUGUGUGCAGUGAGAGCUGUCCUCCAGGCACUAGGAAGGCUGCACAGAAAGGAAGACCUGUCUGCUGUUAUGACUGUAUUCCAUGUGCAGAAGGAGAAAUCAGUAAUGAGACAGAUUCAAAUAACUGCAGGCAGUGUCCAGGGGAAUACUGGUCUAAUGCUGAGAAAAAUAAAUGUGUGUUAAAGACUGUAGAGUUUCUGUCUUUUACAGACGUUAUGGGUUUUGUGCUGGUCUUUUUCUCACUGUUUGGAGUAGGAUUAACUCUGCUGGUGGCCAUCCUAUUUUACAACAAGAAGGACACCCCCAUAGUAAAAGCCAACAACUCAGAGCUGAGCUUCCUGCUGCUCUUCUCAUUGACUCUGUGUUUUCUCUGUUCACUUACUUUCAUUGGUCGACCCACUGAGUGGUCCUGUAUGUUGCGUCACACAGCAUUUGGGAUCACCUUUGUCCUCUGUAUCUCCUGUGUUCUGGGGAAAACAAUAGUGGUGUUAAUGGCCUUCAAGGCUACACUUCCAGGAAGUAAUGUCAUGAAAUGGUUUGGGCCUCUUCAACAGCGACUCAGUGUUGUUUCCUUUACACUAAUACAGGUUCUUAUCUGUGUGCUUUGGCUUACAAUAUCUCCUCCAUUUCCCUAUAAAAAUAUGAAAUACUAUAAUGAAAAGAUCAUUCUUGAGUGCAGUCUAGGUUCUACUAUAGGUUUCUCUGCUGUUCUUGGUUAUAUUGGCCUACUGGCUGUCUUGUGCUUCAUUUUAGCUUUUCUGGCUCGCACACUGCCUGAUAACUUCAAUGAAGCCAAAUUCAUCACAUUCAGUAUGCUCAUAUUUUGUGCUGUAUGGAUCACAUUUAUUCCAGCUUAUAUCAGUUCUCCUGGGAAAUUUACUGUAGCUGUGGAGAUUUUUGCCAUUUUAGCCUCAAGCUUUGGGUUAUUACUUUGCAUAUUUGCACCAAAAUUUUAUAUCAUCUUGCUUAAGCCUGAACAAAAUACAAAGCAACAUGUGAUGGGAAAGAUUUAA